UCCGGGUCGGCGCGGGGCAGGGGCAGCGGGCGCCGCGGGAAGGAGCGAUGUGAGCACGGCGCCACCAGAGCUGGCUGUGUAAUUCUUGGAAAAAGGUUGGGCGAACAUGUUACAAGGAACUUUGUCCCAGGGAUACGACUUCGCAUUGGCCCUGCUCUAGAUCUGUAAUGAAAUGGAGUCUGGAACCAGCUCUUUUCGAGUGGAGUUUCCCGAUUUUUCUAGUACCAUCUUGCAGAAACUAAACCAGCAGCGCCAGCAAGGGCAGUUAUGUGAUGUGUCCAUCGUUGUCCAGGGCCACCUCUUCAGGGCUCACAAAGCCGUGCUGGCAGCCAGUUCGCCUUACUUCUGUGACCAGGUUCUCCUGAAGAACAGCCGGAGGAUCGUCCUGCCCGACGUGAUGAACCCGCGAGUCUUUGAGAACAUCCUCCUCUCUUCUUACACGGGGCGGCUGGUGAUGCCUGCCCUGGAAAUCGUCAGUUACCUGACGGCGGCCAGCUUCCUCCAGAUGUGGCACGUGGUGGACAAAUGCACUGAGGUUUUAGAAGGGAACCCCACCGUCCUCUGCCAAAAGCUCAACCACGGCAAUGACCACCAGUCCCCGAGCAGCAGCAGUUACAGCGGCCUCGUGGAAAACUUUGAGCUGGGCUCGGGCGGGCAGCCCGAUUUCCAGAAAGCCCAAGACCUGCGGGACGGGGAGAAUGAAGAAGAAAACUCCAAAGACGAGCUGUCCUCCCAGUUAACCGAGCACGAGUAUCUCCCCAGCAACUCCUCCACCGAGCACGACCGUCUGAGCACGGAGAUGGCGAGCCAGGAUGGGGAGGAGGGGGCCAGCGACGGGACGGAGUACCACUACACCCGCCCCAUCUACAGCAAGCCCAGCAUCAUGUCUCACAAGCGCUGGAUCCACGUGAAGCCGGAACGGUUCGAGCAGGACUGCGAAGGCGUGGACGUGCACGCCGCCUUUGACGAGCACCAGGUCUCCGAGUCGGUCAACACCAUGCAGACGGACCACGCGAUGCCGUCCUCGGGCGCCGACGAGGACUUUCACGUCGGCGACAAGAAAGCGGAGGCCGAGUUCGACGAGCAGGCCGACGACGGUAACUAUGACGAGCAGGUCGAUUUCUACGGGUCGUCCAUGGAGGAGUUUUCCGGGGAGAGGGCCGACGGGAGCCUGAGUGGGCCCAGGCAGGAGGCGAGCGUAGCGGCGGGCUACGGGGACGCCAUCGAGAUGGUGCCGGGGAUUAAAGAGGAAUCUUCCCACGUGGGGUUCUCUUCCGCUGACAAACUGUACCCGUGUCAGUGUGGGAAGAGUUUCACCCACAAGAGUCAGAGGGAUCGGCAUAUGAGCAUGCACCUCGGCCUCCGGCCUUACGGCUGCGGAGUCUGUGGUAAGAAAUUCAAAAUGAAACAUCACCUCGUCGGCCACAUGAAAAUCCACACAGGCAUAAAGCCCUAUGAGUGUAACAUCUGUGGGAAGAGAUUUAUGUGGAGGGACAGUUUUCAUCGGCACGUGACUUCUUGUACCAAGUCGUAUGAGGCUGCAAAAGCCGAGCAGAAUACUACUGAUGUUAACUAAAAAUAGGACCUGGGGAAAUUUUCUUUCUUUUUUUUUUUUUUGUGGUGUGCACAAAAAUAAACCAUUAUAAUUAUGCAAA